GUCUAGUACUACUUAUAGAUCCUGGGGAGCCAGAAGGGUAGAGAAAAUGCCCUGAGCCAAUGUUCGGGAAAACAGACGAAAACUAAAGCAGAAGUCACACUUCUCGGUCCACGGCAUUGCCUGUAGGUCACUAAGCCCUAUAUAGAUGAUGAUGAUCACUGAACUCCCACACUGAAAGUGCUUCUCUGUCUUCCUUGCUAAAAAGAUGGUUACAACUUCUCCUCCUCCAAAGCAGGAAGCUCUUUCAGAUAACAAAUGGAAGGAGGAGGCAGACACCACGCGCCGAGCCAAAUGGUGGUACUCCACCUUCCACACCGUCACCGCCAUGAUAGGCGCCGGUGUCCUCAGCCUACCAUAUGCCAUGGCCUACUUAGGAUGGGGUCCAGGGACAAUGGUACUGGCAGUCUCUUGGUGCAUGACCUUGAACACAAUGUGGCAGAUGAUACAACUCCAUGAAUGUGUUCCAGGGGUUCGCUUCGACCGAUACAUAGACCUUGGUCGACACGCCUUCGGUCCUAAACUCGGGCCAUGGAUCGUGCUUCCACAGCAGUUAAUUGUCCAAGUUGGGUGUGACAUAGUGUACAUGGUCACUGGGGGAAAGUGUCUGAAGCAGUUUUUGGAAAUGGCAUGUUCCAGUUGCACACCAGUCAAGCAAUCCUACUGGAUUUUGAUCUUUGGUUCCAUUCAUUUCGUCCUCUCCCAGCUUCCCAAUUUCAACUCUGUCGCUGGUGUUUCACUAGCAGCAGCUAUCAUGUCACUAAGUUAUUCAACAAUAGCUUGGGCUGGUUGCUUAAGUAGAGGCCAGGUCGACAAUGUUAGCUAUGCAUACAAGAAAACUAGCCCAGCUGAUUACAUGUUCCGGGUGUUCAAUUCCCUUGGUCAAAUCUCGUUUGCAUUUGCUGGACAUGCUGUGGCUCUUGAAAUUCAGGCCACAAUUCCUUCGACUCCAGAGAGGCCUUCAAGAAUACCGAUGUGGAAAGGUGCCGUCGGAGCCUAUUUUAUCAAUGCAAUUUGCUAUUUCCCGGUGGCCCUCAUCGGCUACUGGGCUUUUGGGCAAGAUGUUGAUGAUAAUGUUCUAGUAGGUCUCAAGAGACCUGCUUGGCUCAUUGCAUCUGCAAAUUUAAUGGUUGUUGUCCAUGUAAUUGGCAGCUAUCAGGUUUAUGCUAUGCCGGUUUUUGACCUGCUAGAGAGGAUGAUGAUGAAAAAACUGAACUUCCCACCUGGAGUGGCACUUAGACUAGUUGCUAGAUCAGCUUAUGUUGCAUUCACAUUGUUUGUCGGAGUCACCUUCCCUUUCUUUGGAGACCUUCUUGGUUUCUUCGGCGGAUUUGGUUUUGCCCCGACUUCAUACUUUCUUCCUAGUAUAAUGUGGCUGAUUAUCAAGAAACCAAAGAGAUUCAGCACCAACUGGUUCAUCAACUGGGUUUCCAUUUUCAUUGGAGUGUUCAUUAUGUUGGCCUCCACAGUUGGUGGUUUGAGGAACAUCAUCACUGAUGCAUCCACAUAUCGUUUCUACACUUAAUUAUAACCAAAUCAUGUCACUGAUCGGACCAAACUCAAAUAUGUUAUCAAGUUACUUGGUUAUAGUCAUUAUACUUGAAUUGUAUGGAUCCUGUCUACACCAAGCUACCAAGUAGUUCGUGCAUCAUUUUUUCUUUUCUCUUUUUCAUUUUUGGUUGGAAACUUGUGGGUUUGCUCGAGCAAAAGCAGUGACACUAUAUAUCAAUUGACUUUCUGAGA